CGUGCUGUGAUGGGACUACAGAUCCGUUAGUACCGUCCACAGCCUCCUCCUCUUCCAUCAUGGCUCCCUCGUUGGACAGGCAAGGAUACUGGGGGCGGCCGACCUCAACGCUGGACUGGUGUGAAGAAAACUAUGUCAUCUCUUUUUACAUCGCGGAAUUUUGGAACACUGUCAGCAACCUGAUUAUGAUUCUUCCUCCUCUUUGUGGGGCUAUCCAGACGUUCCGUGAUGGCCUUGAAUUUCGCUACGUCUGCUCUUUUCUCGGAUUGGCAGCUGUUGGUGUUGGUUCCUGGUGCUUCCACAUGACGCUGCUAUAUGAGAUGCAGUUACUGGACGAGUUGCCAAUGAUUUACAGCACAUGCGUAUUUGUCUACUGUCUAUAUGAAUGCUUCAAACAAGAGCAUGGCAUCAGCUUAUUUCCUAUUGCACUAUUAUUAAUCUUCAGUGUCUCAGUCACUGUGGUGUACCUACAGUGGAAGGAGCCAGUCUUUCACCAGGUCAUGUAUGGUGCUCUAGUUGCCUGCCUAGUGAUGCGAUCCAUCUUCAUUGUUACGUGGGUGUACCCAUGGCUCAGACCGCUGUGUUACACCUCCUUAGGAAUCUUUAUGUUAGGGUUCCUGCUGUGGAACAUCGACAAUAUCUUCUGUGACACACUAAGAUCCAGCAGACAAACACUUCCCCCUGGUGUUGGAGUAGUUACACAGUUUCAUGCCUGGUGGCACAUCUUCACAGGCCUUGGAUCCUACCUGCACAUACUUCUCAGCCUGCAGAUCAGGUCAACCUACCUCAAGUACAGACCAAAAGUAAAGUUUCUUUGUGGAGUUUGGCCCACAUUGCACAUUGAACCACAGAAGACGAGCUGAAAAAGGAUGGUGACUGUCAUAUCAAGACACCAUCGGCACAGGGACCUGCCAAUGCCCACUGCUGGGUACUCAGCCCACAGCUAGGGGACAGGUGGACCCCAAGGCACCACCCCAGGGACCCUUCGGUUCUGCUCUGUGGGGAUUUACUAAGUACAGUAUAGCACUGAGUCCAGUUUUAAGAAAUGGAAGAUGUUUUCAUUAAUCAUAAUUUAUUAGACUAGCUUUUCUGUAAUUUCAUUGAAGUGUAAUAAUUUUAUUUGCUCAUUCAUUCUCAAUGCAAAUAUGAUGUGUAGUCCACCGCAGUGGCAAAUGUUAUGGGGUUAUGGAUGUUAUCUUAAUUCGGGUUUGGGAAAAGGGAGAACUGUCAUUGAUUCAGAAUUCACAUUACCACACUAUCACCCCCUAAGCCUAAAGACAUUUACAUAGAUCCCCAAACUUAAGUAUAACCAAGAUUUUUGCUUACAUGUAGUUUUUACAAGUAGCUGAGGGAUCUCUACUUAAAACACAGUGUUGUCAUAUCCCUUUUCAAGGAGUUUUGUAUUGUUUUUGGAUGUGCUCACUACACAUGGAAUAGUAACUGCCAGCUAGAAAAUUAAAGUGAUACUGUGUUAGCAUAGCUUAAAAAUCCUCCUUUAUUUGCGUUGCCACAGGCUUCAUUUUUACCAGAAAUGUUCCUAUCAGAACAUGCCAAGACUGGAAUUAUUAAUUUCUUGUUUUUAUUGCCAAAGUUGUUGGGUUGGGAUUUCAAACUGUCGUGUGAUGUGUGACAUGUUUUACCUCGUUCUAAUCCAGCAAGAGAUGCAAUGCUUGUAGUUAUGUUAUACAACCUCAUUACACUGAAUUUUCAUUUUGUGUAGGACAGGGUUAAAGAUCUUCAUCUCAAGUUUCUGUGGACAGAGAAACGCUUUAAAGUGACACUGCAUACAAACUUUGCUCCGUGAAGGACUAGAAUUUUACAGCCAGCUCCCCAAGGCCACAGGGUUUGUUAUGUUAAGAAACCCUUUUGUUGGGAUUUGUUUGGUCUGAUCAAGCACAAAAAAUGCAAACAUGCAGAAACAUCACUGGAAAUGCAUCAACUCAACCUGCCCGUAGUCUCUCUCAAGCCAUUAUCAGUGAGAAGAUCAAUGUGUAUAAUACAGCUAGUUUUGAGGGCAUUUCGAGUUAAAAUGCUGAUAGUUGAAACCCAGCGAAUGAAGCCAGUUAACAAAGACAACCUGUUUAAGAGGAACAUUUCCUAUUAGUAAUUGUCAACAUUCAGUCAAAGGACCAAGAGAAUGAAUGGAACAUGUCUGAAUCAUUGCAUCUUCAUAAGCUGCAGGGAACAGGGUACUACUAAAUACCUGUUGUCACCCCAUUCCUUAUUAGAAAAAUACUUGUUUUAGUUCAGACAUAACUUUAUAUACAGGUUAAGACUUGAAUAUAUCCAACAAUACUACAACCUUUUUUUUUUUUAUCACACUCUUAUUUAUUAGUCCUUUUGUUAUUUCAAUUAUCUGCUCCAUGGCAUCUUGGUGAAGAGUCAAAUGGCACAUACACCUUGUAGGGCGAUAUCAUUGUGAAACAGUCCAUGAUACAACCACUAGGUGGCAUAACUUUCCAGAUUAUUUCAGAGCAUGCCGUUGUGCAUUGAAGAACGACUACCUACCUACUGUAGAACUUUUAGGAUCUUUGCCUCAGUUUUCAUGUACUGGAUCUGUGGUGUGAAAUGAAGGGCUUUUCAUUUACAAUGUUUGUUUUGCUACUGUGAAAAUGUGAAUAUGUAAUGGUAACAACAGAACCUGGAGCUUAAAGUAAUUGUGGUAAAUUAGAAAAUGCACAACAUUAUUGUUGUAUGCUGAUAUAUGUAUUUGUGUGGCCUCCUAAACUGCAGACAACACAUACUGCAUUCAUAUUUCAUUAUGCCCACAUGCUGUGUCACUAACUCUCAUGUGCUUAACAAUUUCGUGAUCACAGUGUUACAAACUGUUAUAAGCACAAUGUAUGACAGAUAAGUAUUAACAUUACUCAUAUGUCUGUGUGGAAUCUUCAAUAUAUGUCAUUAUCUUGAAAUCACUGCUCAUUAGUAGAGGUGAGCAGUUGUCAAAGAGGGUGCCUUAUUGUUAUCCUUGCAGUGUAACCUAAGUUGCCUUGAUGUUCGUGAUUAACCAUUCAAAUCGUUCCUUGUGUUAUGCAGUGUGCCCGUCCCCUGAUAAUAAGCAGCUAAGGCAUCAGGAGGAGAAACAAUAACAGCUUCUAAUGCAAAGUAUGUGCCUGAUUCUUUGGCCUUCCAUUCAUUUCAAGUCCAACAUCUUAGUUACAGGUUGUUCUAUGAUGUUAACUGUAAGUGAUAAUACUUGAGACCAGAAGAGCAAACUCUGCCAAUGUGUUUGGUAAACUUUGGUCAUGUGUCAGUCAUUAAUGAUGUCCUGUAUUGUCAAAUAAAAGAAAAUGUGUCGGACAAUUUGUCUGCAGAAGAA